AUGGGUGCACCAGAAACGGCAGUCACCCAGGAAAACGUCGAUGCUGUGCGCGAACUAAUCAUUGAAGAUAGACAUGUGACAUAUCGCGAGAUUGAGGCAAUCAGGAAGCAGAAAGCAGCCAGGGUUAAUUGGUGUCAAAAAACGCUUAACCGUUUCAAUUCCGGAAACUCAAAAAAUGUGCACAGCAUUGUUAGUGGUGAAGAAUCGUGGAUUUACUGUGAAGAAAAGCCAACAAAAGUCAUCCGUUCUCAAAGUGUUUCGAAAAAGAUGCAAAGAACUGUUACCGCGGAUUGGUAUGCCACCAUUUGUUUGCCAAAAGUCAUCACCGAGCUUCGAAAAAUCAACCUCGAAAGAAGAAUCAUCCUCCACCAAGACCAUGCAAGCUCGCACACAGCCAAAAGAACAAUGCAGUAUUUAACGGAAGAAAACGUGGAAUUAUUGGACCAUCUUCCAUAUAGUCCCGAUCUAAGUCCUAACGAUUUCUUUACUUUCCCGAAAAUUAAAAACAGACUGCGUGGUCAAAGGGUCCAGUCACCAGAAGAAGCAGUUGGCACAUUCAAAAAUGCCGUUUUGGAUCUGCCAGCAAACGAGUCGAAUAAGUGCUUCGAAAAUUGGUUCGAGCGCAUGCAGAUGUGUAUUAAUCUUUAUUUAGGGCUGUGA